ACAGAUAUUCAAGCAGAUACACUUUCAGUUGUCGGUUGACGUUGUAACGGUCUACAACGAUUAAAGCAGCUCCAUUGGCUCAGGAAGAAAUACAUCAAAAAUUGCACUGAGGAAAAAUGGCACUGGCAGUUGCGUUUCCAUUAUUCGGACUUAAUCCAGAGCACUUUUCCUCAUUAAAUGCGAGGCUUCUUAACAUCGCGUGCGAACAGAACUUGAGAAAUCUUCCCGAUUCCGGACGGGACUCUCCGAGUGCCGGAAGCGAGUCCAGCGGUAUCAGCAGUCUCGUAACGUCCAAUGAAUCGCGUCCAGCGUCAGUAGAAUUAACGCCAAUUUCGUCGAGGCCAGAAACUCCUAUCAGGAUAUCGUGCAAGACUCAAGAAAAGAUGAAUGAACUCCGCGUAAUGUACAAUGGACGUGAUAUAUUAAAUUUAGGAGCAAAUAUUAGAAUGUCGUCCUGGCAAAUAAAAGAUCGGAGACUACCUCGACACGAUUUGAAUCGACACAGUGUUUUGACUAAUCACUCGCUAUAUCGAUUACAUGACGAACACGCGGUCAUUGAUAUGAAUCCAAUGAAAUGCUGUACAGAAUGCGGAUUUUGCGAUCCAUUUCCUGCUUUGUAAUAUUCGACCGUAUCGGACAACGCACAAUUAACUACAGCAACGUCCAACAUUACCAUCGCGGACAACUAAAUUGUGAUAGACCGAAAGAGCGGCAGCCGGAGACAUAAGAAAAGGAAACGUAUAAAGAUAUCUCUCGCCAGGUUGUAUUUCUAUACAAACGAUUCCAAUCGUGAUAAAUCUAGUAUUUGAGCGAUAAGAAGCAAUAAUAUCACGAUAUUUGUAACAUGAAGAAGAAAAUGCUAAACUACUUCAAGUAACUGACGAUUAUUAUACUUGUGUUUACUAUAUGCGCUUAAGUGAGAUAUUUAAUUUUAACUUAGAUUUAAAUAUUUAAGUUUUUAGAAAAAAAUUAUAUUUAAAUAUUUAAGAGAGAUAUACGUUUCUCGCGCCGGAUACGGGCUGCAGAGGUCAAUCAACUUUUUCUCUAUUAUGAUUGUAAGAUGUGGUUAAAUUAUGUCAGUUGAUAAAUUUUGCAUCAGUGUAAUAAUUUAUAACAUAAUUUAGAGAUCAUACGAUAUGUCUCUAUAUAUAUAUAUACAUAUAUAAGAUUAAAUAAUGCAACAACUUAAAAAACUUCUUUUGUCAAUAUGAUGCAAAACUCUUUGUAUCGAUAUAAUCAUACUUCAUCUUACGAUAUUAUUUUUUCUAAUUCAGUUCCACAUAGCGCAUGUGUACAUAAUUAAUAGUAAUAAUUAUUAUAUUUCGGGCAAUAGUGUGUGCGUAAGAAUAUGACGCUUUGUUAACCUUCCAGCGUGUAAUCAUCUUUCAAAACAAUCAAAACAAUAGCCAGAUCUUUUACGCACGAUAUGACAAUCUACAUAACAAAUAGAAUUGUUACGAUUGUCAUUGUCAUCGAUGUAAGUCGAUUACAUUUUACUUUUUGCAAUUUUGUAUCAUCAACAAGUGCCGUGGCGCUUUAUACAGCACCGUUACCGAAUGACGUACCGAUAGACAUAUCGUAUUUCAGGCAGUUUCAUAAACGAUCGGCAAUUUCUCUCGAACGGCCGAAAAUCAAUCCUUACAUUUUCGCGGUAAAUGUAGUAUGUACCAGCUCGAAAAUUCGAUGUAAUUCUACAACGGCAUUGCACACAUGUGUCUUGACCAUUUGUUUAUAAAUAAUAAACAAUAUUUUACAUAUAUAUAUAUC